AUGUCUCAAAGUUCACCCAUCGCCCAAGAGCUUCGUCGAGGAAAGAGGCCGAGAUCCACCAUCCAUAUAACAUCCUCCUUCUUGAGUGACUCUGGAGAAAGCACAUGUUCUGCCUGCGAAAGAGAAAUUGGCAUGAGGAACAGCGACUGCAUGACGUUCGACUUGACACCUUCAGACUACUUUCGCUUGGCAUUGACCAUCACAGACCCUACAGCACAACACUUACUACAAGACGACAAUGAAGAUUAUACCACCAAAUACCUGAUCCAGAAUGCUCGUCGACUGGCCGUGGAUCAAGAAUUCGCUUUAAAUGUCAUUUUGAUGUUGCACCCGCUGUUGGCCAACUAUUCUAAAGAAGGCGUAUCAAAAUUGAUUCCUGUUGUGAAAAAGACGAGAUUGCAUAAAGCAAGGGAACUCAGAUUCGUACAGGCAUGUCUUGCAAAUGUCCAGUCUACGACAUUUGAGCUCGUGCGUGAGCAGUUUGUGCAAUGUGUGCGAGAAUCAGUGGAUUUGGGGAAAAUUAUAAUGUCUGAUGUGCGGUUUGCCAGGCUGCUUCCUUUGCUAUGCUUCUUGAGGGACGUCAGUACUGGAGAGGCAGACCAAGUGAUUGAAAUAAGCCAGGAUGAUUCGCAGAGCCAAAUGUCUCAACAACGAGUAGAUGCUGAGAAUUACCAUGUCAUCAGCGAUAGCGAUUACGACCAACCUGAAUCCAGUGGGUCCGUCAUCGACAUCACACAAGAAUCAUAUGGCUUUGUCAUUGCGCCCUCCGUGCCCGAUUACUCUUCCUACUAUUCACCAUCUUUAAAUGGAGGAGACCAAGACCUCAGCGUCACUUUUGAUUCGCAAGGUAGAGCCGUCGACCCAUUUGCCACUAGACACAGCUCGCAGACACCAGAUCGCAACAUGUCUUGGUCCACAACACUAAACAUUCCAUCGCCUGUAUCAAAGGGCUCAUCCACCGCAUCAUUAUCCAUCAUAGAUCCUUCCUCCGAGGUAUCGCGUUCCUCCUCAUCACAAGCAGUAUCAUCCCAGCUAGCCAUGCCAUCACCUCAGCGUCCUGUUAACUUGCCAGCAUCACAGCAGCCGCAUCUCACAGAUUACGAGGAACUUUCCACUGCCGAAUUGAAAGCUAAACUAAAAUCCUUUGGAUUCAAGACAAGCAACAGCAGACUACAAAUGAUUCAGGACCUCAAAAACAUUCAAAUGUCAAUCGACAGCCAGAGAAAUUCACAGCAAACAUCCAGCCAAAGCACACCUUUAUUGCAGCCGAUGCCAGAGCUGAAUGGUAAUAGUCAGGCGAGCUCUGUUGAGUCCAACAAGAGAAUGGAGAUCAUUCAGCAUUUGAAAUCAAGACCAGAAAUUUGGAAAAAAAUCGCCAUGUAUAAUACUGUUUCUAUCGAUGAAUGCAUGAUUGGCAUACGUUGCAAACGAGGUGAAAUGAAGAUGGUGCUAGACGAGUUUGCAGCAGCAAAAGGCAAAAACAAGCGAUAUCUUUUUCAAAAGUGA